UGGACUUUAGAAGAAAGUUUUACAAUCUUCCACCCUGAUAAAGACUCUCCAAUCAGAUGGCCGACUAUUGUGGAACAAUACCGAAGUUCUAACCUUCGUAUCGUCUUACCAACAGAUUGGACUGUCAAUUCAGAACCAUAUAUCGUCUUUCUACAAGGCUUUUUUCAAAGAUUUACAUCGCAAAGUUUCAUCUUCUAAACUCUUGUUGUAGCUGAGCGGUUUCCAUUGGAAUAGGUUUACUGUCGGCCGUGUGACUAUAGAAGGGGACAUGAAAGAUUUAUCGACAGAGUAUAAUGCUAUUCGGAACAAGCAUGACUGCACACAAUUUGUGAUGAAAACUCUACCAUAUAUUAUUUAUACAAUGUAAAUCAUCUACACCAUGUAAACUUGCUCACCCUGGAAUUCUAUUGUGAAUGCCUUGUGGUACCCUAUCACAGGAUAGCCCCUAAAGGGAAACCUGACCCAGCAGGGUUGUAUGAGGAAAGCUAGACUUGCAGGGGGACAUACCACAGUGCAUUGUGCUUUCCCUCCGUUUCGGCUGUAGGGCUGGUAGUGUUACCAAGGGUUGGGACAAAAAGGGCUACAUUCCAGACGAACGGCCGGAUAUCAUGGCUACCCGUAAUGAGCGUAAGCAUGGACACAUUAGACUGAUUAUACUUACCUUGCGUGGUUGUAAGCUGUUGAGAUAGGACUUUCCUGUGAAGUUAGAAACUGUUCUAAGGGAGACGUGUAUUUGAUGACUGUAUUGGUCACCUUUGAUGUGCUAUCCUAUACAAGUAACAAGAUACUUAGUGACUAUUUGAUAUCUAGUUGACAGAUUUCAGUUGAUACCUUUAGUUCUGACAUUAAAGUGGACGUGUUAGCGGCAGUGAUAAUUGCUAUGAUAAUGGACUGGAUGUGAUACAUCGUCAUACAGUUGGAAAAGUAGAAACGACACAAACCAUGGGGUGUCUAUGUUUACCAGUGUGUUUCAGUAUUUACAUUAUAAUAUCAUUAUUACUCCACAUUGGCGAAGUGGUACUCAACAUAUUUUUCGUGGUGUAUCUGUUCCCGUCCCUGGAGACAUGGUUCACGGUGGUGCUGGGACUAAUGAUGUUGCCGAUGGUGCUGGUACAGCUUGUGUCGGCACUGCUUCUCCUCCAGAAGCGCGGCGAACACCUCACCUGCUGGCAGGCAUUGUCCACUGCCGUCAUACACAUCCUCCAACUGGGCUUUGUCUGGAGACACAUAAGGAUACUCAGGGAAUCAGAAGCCUUGUGGAAAAAGAGGGACCUAGCAGAUCUUCUGCUGUUAAGGUUGUUUUAUGCGUUUUCGGCAAGUUUACCAAUCCUUGGAAUCCAGGCCUAUUUUAUUAUCUUCAAAGGAGCUGAGGACAAGAUCAUAAUAAGUGCUGCAGUAGUUACACUGUUUUCGACAUGUUGGGCUCUAAGUUGCUUCAGACGACGCAGUGAAACUGAUGAUAUUGAAAACUUAGCCCUUUCUUGUCCAGGAACCAUAUUCCGGUUGCUGUGGAGAUCAGGAGAGCUUGUUUCGCGUGUGCUGUCCCUGGCCGUGUUUGCGUCGGUCUACCAUUACUGGGUGUUCGUGGUGACGGCAUUACACUGGCUCACCAUGCUGGUCUGUAUCUGUACGUCCUUUCUCGGCGUGCUCGAGGUUAACAAAGUCAACCGUUGUUACAGAUUUUUCCUGUGCAUGUUGAUAUCCUAUAUAUAUCUGUUUUGCCAUGUAAACUUCAGCAGUGACAGUGCUCAGUUCCGUUACGUAACCUAUUACGUCAUCAUGUUCUUUGAGAACGGAGUUCUGACGGCCGUGUGGUACCUGAGCGUGCAGGGAUUGGGGGAUAUGUUCAAAGUCUACACUCUGCUGUUUAUUAUCUGUUCUGCUUUUUUCAUAUCUGUCGUGUCCAUGUUGGUUUACUACAAGAUCUUCCACAUUCCGGGAUCAGAUAUGUCAAAAAAGAACCAUUCCAAUUUGUGUGUACAGGACGGAUGUAUCAAUUGUAAGCUCAGUCUUUGUGUCAAACACAGCAAGAUGUUACAGCGACCAUUCAGUGCCGGCUGGAUCUCCCAAUACCAGGAGGCUCUGAUUAAUGGGGACUAUUACAAAAAUCUCCUCCAAGACUCAUUUAUCGAUUCAGAAAAUGAGUCAAAAUCCUCGUCAGCUGUGUCUUGUUCUGGGAAGGAAGAACAGGAGGAGAACAAGGAGGAUGACGUCAGUCCAUUUACAAGGAAGACUUUGAGUUUUCAAUCUAACGGCACAUACAGUCACCGCCGGUUUAUCAGAACUGAUGCACAGUCCUUGGCAGCACCCAAAGACCAUUAUGACUCUGAAAGCAUGUUGUCUUAUAUAGCGCCAACUGUACCUACAGGGUCGAGUGCCAGUGGUGACUCGUCAGAUGGAAGUGUCACUUCCACACCCCUUCCGCGGUUUAUUGGUAGUCCUGCCAACAGUCAGACUCGCUUACUCACAGACAGUUGGGAUAACUUACCACAAGACAAUUUAGGAUUUGAUCCAUGUUCGAACAAAAUGUUGCCAGGUUUCCGACCAAUUCCUCACCAGAAUCUGGAAGACUGGUACUCGGACGGCUACAGUACCGACCACACAGAGUCGGUUUAUCAACUUCCCAUAACAGUUCUUGCCAAAAUGAAGAGUAGCCGGUCCAAGUGUAGAGAUCGGACAUCCUUAGCAUCAGACUCUACAGAAUGUACUAUGUGUAGAAACAUGAAAUCUUACAAACUCCUUCGUAAAUAUUCUCGGGCAUCAAGUGAAAUGUCUAAAGAGGAUGUUAUUCAGGAGGAAAAGGAGGAUGAUAGGGAUAAAAAGCUUGCUGUCAGUGACCCUGUGUGUGUAUAUUCCUAUCGAAAAGACAUCAAGUCCAUCAUACGGGACCCUCGGAGAAUGACGGACCCAGUGUACGUGGACUCGCCCCGGGGCCAGGCAUGGUACAACUGUAGUGAGUCAGGUGACAGUGCAUUUCCACAGGAGUACUUAAGCUCUAGUAACUUUGAAACAACUUUCGAUGAAGAAGAGGAUGGUAUUAGCGAGUCCAGCUAUGAACUCAUAAUAUAGAAAUAUAUAUAUAUAACUUGGUUACUGGUCACUUUGUUAAUUGAUUUUUGAUUUGAAGACAAUUUUUCAUCAAUUGACAAAGUUUUCAACAUUUAAGAUCACAGCUAGGGGACCAGUAUGACAUUUUGUUAUUGUAUAGCACUUCCCUCUCAACUCAUUCAUC